AAUAAAAAAUUAAAUUUAGAAAAAAGAAAUGGCUAAAAGUUUUUUUUUUCUCAUUAUUUGUGUAGUGGCAACUUUGUUCUCCAUAGCUUUGGCUUUACCAGGAACAGCCUAUUAUACCAAUGAUCAAUAUCCUCCAUCAGCGUGUUCUGUACCCACAUCACCAGGUAGCCUUAUAGCUCGGAUCGCGUAUCUAGGAGGUUCUAUUACAUGUGGCGACUCAUUACGCGUUACAUGUGUCGGCACCUCGCCACCUUGUACUGACAAGAGUGUUGUAGUAAAAGUGGUUGAUCAUUGCUCCACGUGUCGCGGUGUAACCAUGGUUCUAUCUCAUGAAGCUAUUUCAGUUAUUGCUAAUCCUAUUAGUGUCAAGGAAGUUAUUAACAUCAACUAUCAAAAGGUCUGAUUAGGACAGGGGCAUCGAAGAUAUAUGAAUUGAUCAGUGAUGAUUAUUCUUUAGUUUAGUUGAAUUGAUCAAUGAUGAUUACAGCUUAAUAUAUGUAAUUAAUGAAAGUUGAAUUGA